AUGUUGUCCUCCCUGGCUUUUGCCGCCUCAGUUGUUGGCGUUGCCCUCGGCAAUCCCUUUGAUUCUUCACUUCUGCCACGGGCAGCGUGUGACGGCAACACUGCUACCACUCGUUCUACAUGGUGUGACUACGAUCUCACCACCGACUACUACAACACUGUACCUGACACUGGGGUCACACGAGAAUACUGGCUCGAGUUGUCAGAUACUACCGUUUCCCCCGAUGGCGUUUCUCGUUAUGCCAUGGCCAUCAAUGGGUCUAUUCCCGGACCGACCCUUUACGGAGAUUGGGGAGAUUACUUCAUCGUUCAUGUCACAAACUCGCUGACGCAAAGCACCAACGGCACAUCCAUUCAUUUCCACGGUAUCAGACAGAACUACACCAACCAGAACGACGGUGUGGUUUCUAUCACUCAGUGCCCCACACCACCUGGCUCCUCUAUCACCUACGAGUGGAGGGCGACUCAGUACGGGUCGACCUGGUACCACUCCCACUUCGCUCUGCAAGCCUGGGAGGGUGUCUUCGGCGGAAUUCUGAUCAACGGACCUGCCACUGCCAACUACGAUGAAGAUCUUGGCCACAUGUUCCUCAACGACUGGGACCACUCCACCGUUGACGAGCUCUACAUUUCUGCUGAGACAGACGGCCCUCCCACCCUUGACACUGGUCUGCUCAACGGCACCAACGUCUACGGUGAUGACGGUGAUGCCGACCAGACUGGUUACCGCUGGAACACCACCCUCACUGAGGGCACAACCUACCGUAUGCGAUUGGUGAACGCUGCUGUUGACACUCACUGGAAGUUCUCCAUUGACAACCACACCAUCGGGGUCAUCGCCAUGGAUCUUGUCCCAAUUGAGCCCUACAACACAACCGUGCUUAGCAUCGGUAUGGGUCAGCGCUACGACAUUAUCAUUUACACCGAGGGCAUGAGCGAUAUUGCCACGGACUUCUGGAUGCGUGCCAUUCCCCAGACCGCUUGCUCUGACAAUGACAACGCCGACAACAUCAAGGGAAUUAUCUCCUACGGUACUUCCGUGUCCACCCCUUCCACAACCGCCUACACCUACACUGAUUCCUGCGACGACGAGGAUGUUUCCACACUCGUCCCCUACCUCUCAAAGACUGUCUCUGGCUCAACCUGGGAUGUCGACGAGGCCGCGACUGUGUCUACCAACGACGAUGGCUACUUCCGCUGGUACCUGAACUCAACCACGAUGGCGGUCGAGUGGGCGGACCCAACUCUGGAGCAGAUCUACAAUGGCACCACGACCUGGGACUCAAGCGACGCGGUCGUCACCCUGAACGGAGAGGACGAGUGGGCCUACGUCAUCAUCGAGACCACCCUCGCCGUCCCUCACCCCAUCCACCUUCACGGUUUCGACUUCUUCGUCCUCGCCCAGGGCUCCGGCACGUACACCUCUGGCACCACCACCCUCAACCUGGACAACCCACCUCGUCGUGACACUGCUAUGCUGCCAUCCAGCGGCUACCUGGUCCUUGCAUUUGAGACUGACAACCCUGGUGCCUGGCUGAUGCAUUGCCACAUCGGCUGGCACACAUCUGAGGGCUUCGCGAUGCAAUGGAUUGUCCGCCAGGAUGAGAUCACCGACCUGAUUGAUUACGAUAGCCUUGAAAGCACGUGCUCGGCCUGGGAGACGUACGCUGAGGAGUACUCCGUCACUGAGGAUGACUCUGGCGUAUAA